AUGGCGAAUUACACAAGUGAUAGAAAUCCCAAAACACAAAAAAAGAAUACCAAGGGGUUUCAAAUAACUAAUUUGAGAGGCAAAAGAGCUAGAUUGGUGCAAUCUCUAAUUGAACUUUCUACGAUCACAACAGGCAAGAAACUUCUGGAAUAUGAAGGCCUCAAAGGCUAUGCUAGAACAUCAACAAUUGCAAUAGAAAUUUGGGGGAUCCUUUAUACAAUACGCUCCAUGACAAAACUCGAUGCGCUAAAGGGCCACACCACCCGGGAAGAGACAACCGAUCCCUAUAAUAACCUCUUUCUAGCAUCCAGCAAGAAACCUAAAGUAAUAAUAGCUAGACCUUGUACGACCAAGACAUGGUCAUCAGUUAGAAAACUAGAACAACCUGAGCCUGACUAA